AUGUCUACAAAAUUUAUCACACCAUCAAAUUUGACUGCUAAUAAAAAAACAUUUACAAAUGGAGUGACAACCAAUAAUCAUUCAUCUGUUCAAGCCAACUUCAAAGUUAAAACAGGUCUUGCUCAAAUGUUGAAGGGAGGAGUAAUUAUGGAUGUUGUGAAUGUUGAACAAGCAAGAAUUGCCGAAGAAGCUGGCGCAGUAGCUGUUAUGGCUUUAGAACGUGUACCAGCUGAUAUUAGAAAACAAG